AUGAACCGCAAGUUAGGGCUGCGCCGCUCAGUGGGCCGCUUAUGGCAUCAUUUCUUUUUCCACAAGAUGACGGAACCCUCUGAUCCAGCGCCGACUGCGCCAGUCUCAACACCUGCCUCAUCGGCACCAGGGCAAGCUCAGCCCGCGACCGAAAACUCUCCGCAGACUCUCCCGAUCCGCGACUCAAAACCCACCCAACCCACCGGAGAUGCGCCCGCGUCCACAGACGGCGCCGCAGACAAGCCGCUUAGCCCAGCUGAGUUGAAGAAGAAGGCCAAGGCCGAUAAGGCUGCCCGGCGCAUCCGAGAGAAACUUGAGAGGGAAGGAGGUACCACCGGCAGUACCACUCCCACUCCUAGUGUCGGAGCUCAGGCUCGUCCACCAAGUACACCAAAAAAGGAUGCUACUGGUACUGGCUCUGCGCAGAAGGGACCCCGAGCGCCACCCCCGCGCCGUGGCUCAGGUCCCGUCGCGCAAACUGGGUCCGUUCUCGUGGAGCAAAAGAAAAAGAAGGAUGAUAAGAAGGUUUCUGUCUUUGGCCAUUUGUAUGGACAACAGCGCCGCGUCACUGUCGCCGGCGCCACCAAGGAAGUACACCAUGCUAUCCUGGCCUUGGGCAUGCAAUUGAUGGACUACACUAUCUGCGGCAGCAGUGCGCGUUGCGUGGCAACGUUGAUUGCUUUUAAACGACUCAUUGAAUCUUACACAACACCCAUGGGCACCUCGCUGGCUCGCCACCUGACAACACAUCUCUCGUCCCAAAUCACCUACCUCUCGACAUGUCGACCCCUCUCCAUCAGUCAGGGAAAUGCCAUCCGUGCCUUGAAGCUGUUCAUUGCUGGCAUUGAUCCCUCUACCCCCGAGGCGAGUGCAAAGAUUUCACUCUGCGAAUAUAUCGAUAGCUUUAUCCGGGAGAAAAUUACCGUCGCCGACCAGGUCAUUGCAGACAGCGCAGCACAGAAGAUCCAAGACGGCGACGUGAUUGUGACAUUUGCCGGCAGCAGCAUCGUCAAGCAGACACUUUUGUUAGCAUACAACCGAGGCAAGCGAUUCCGCGUCUCAAUCAUCGACUCACGGCCCCUCUUUGAAGGCAAGAGCCUCGCCCGCGAUCUCGCCAAGAGCGGGCUCGAUGUCCAAUACUCCCUCGUCCACUCCAUCACCCACGCCAUCAAGGAUGCCACAAAGGUCUUCCUCGGCGCUCACGCCAUGACCAGUAACGGCGGCUUGUACUCCCGCGUCGGCACCGCCCUUGUCGCCAUGUCCGCGAAAGAGCGCGCCAGUGGCGUCGAAAUCCCUGUCAUUGUCUGCUGCGAGACAAUCAAGUUCACCGACCGCGUCGCCCUCGACAGCAUCGUCGUUAACGAGAUCGCCGACGCCAACGAGUUGCUACCAAUGGACACCCCUGUCUCCCUCGUCGUUCCCAACCCAGAUGCGCAUGUCCCCCCUACGCCUGAGAAUAAGAAGGGCGGAAACCGCACCCCGGCUCCCGAACCUCUCGUUACCCCGCAUAAGACCUCUUCGUCACCUCUUGCGGACUGGCAUAACACUCCCAACCUGCAGCUGCUGAACAUCAUGUAUGACGUUACCCCUGCUGAAUACGUCGACAUGGUUAUUACUGAGAUGGGCAGUCUUCCUCCCAGUGCUGUCCCGAUCGUCCACCGUAUGGUGACAAACCUGUGA